AUGGCUCGAUCGAGACGGAACUUAUCGGCGACCGCCGAACUAACUUCUAGCCCACCCGUUGAGCUCUCCGAAACGCAGUCAAUAGCCCGUGUCAUAAAGGCUGAGGGCAACAACCUCUACAGUUGCUCGCUGUCAGGUGGGGGAGAUACACUACUUGUGGAACUCCCAUCAUGUUUUCGGAAUACAAUAUGGUUAAAGCGUAACGGCUUUGUACUCAUCGAUACGAAGGAAGCUGACGUUAGACACAACAAAAUCGGAGGUAAAAUCAUCAAUGUUGUUCUAGAUGAGCGCGUUUGGAGAAAGCUACCGUACUGGCCCAAAGACUUUGUAAAGGCCCCGAAAAACUUUUCGGACUCAGAUGCAGAAGAGUCAACUGUUGGCAAGCUACCUCCAUCUGACUCAGAAAACGAAAAUGAAUUUCAAGAAUAG